AUGGGCGGCUUGGCCUCUGGCCUGCCUGUUGGGGCCGCUGGGGGUGCCCCUGUGCCCAUAGGUGUGGCCUCCAGCCCAGCCCACGACCCUUAUCGAGCGCUUGGGGCCCGACUGGGCCCUGUGCUGGCGGUGGCCAUGGGCAGUCACAGCGAGCACUGCUACAGUGGGGGAGCGGACGCCCGCAUCCACUGCUGGAGGAUCCCAGACCUCAAUAUGGACCACAUGGUUGGAGGUUCCCUCGGGGCCCCCGCGGCUGGAGAGGCCGGACUCUGCGGGAAGCGGCGGGAAGGGAGGAGCGCUCCCGGGAGCGGGGCGGCCGGGGCAGGGGCUCUGGGCCGGCAGGGGGUCCCCAGCCUCGGAGCAAGAAAACACCGCUUGGGGGGGGAGGGCAACAGGCGCUUUCUCGGUGGCCAAAGACUUUCCGAAGGCCCGGGCGGUGUCAGAAGUGGGGCGCUCUGCCCCCCCAGCUCCCGCCCUCGGACCAGCCUCUCCUCCCGAGCUCCCGGCCGCCCACCGCUCCCUGCGGGGGAUCUCGGGGCUCAGGCCCUGGAGGCCCCCCUCCCCCCCCGCGGGGGCUCCCCGGGCGUCCGGCCCGCCCCCCCGGGGCAGCCUCCCCCGGCCGUCCUGGGCUCGGAAGCCCGGGCAGGGGGUCUCUGCUGGGCGGGCCGGGGCCCCACGCGUGGGGGCUCCGCAGCAGCGCCGGGAAAGUUUGUUUCCGGGACCUCGGCGGGGCGGGGUCAGGAUGUGGGGGAGGAGUCGGCCUGGGGCCCCCAGCCUCGCCCUCCGGGCCCGGGGAGAGAACGGCCCGCGCCCUCGCAGGCCGGCCCGCUCCCGGAGAACCAGCCGCGGCUUCGGGGGCAGCGGGCUCCCCGGGGCCCAAACCGGGCCCCUGGGUGCUGCCCCCCCCCCCGGCACGCUGACGUCACCCCCGGCCACGCUGAUUGGCUGCUCGUGCCGUCGGUCAGGACACUUCCUCCUGGGCCGCCGCCGCCGCCGCCGAGUUACAAAGUUCUGAGCGCGGGGGGCGGGGGCGGGAAAGGAGUCCGACGACCCCCGCCCGCCCUCCCGUCGCGACGCCACCUCGGCCUGGCCCCAGAGCCCUGCGGCCCUGCCCGCGUGGGGCCCUGCGGGGUGUCCGGACCUUCUGACCUGGUCUCCUUCCCGCGGCCCGCCCCCCUUCUUCCGAGCCGGCCGAGCCCCCGGGCGCGGGGAGCCCUACCCGAGGGCGCGCCCCCUGCCCCCGAGCCACGCUCGCCAGUGGAUGUGGGCGUGAGGCGGCGGGCCCCCUCGCCCCCAUGGCCGCCUCGCCGCCCCUCCUCCCGCGGGCUCCCUGCAGUCUCUGGGGCCGCUGCCCCAGCCCACGCCGGAGCCGAGCUGUCCCCGCUGCCGCUGCCGCCGCCGCAGCUGCUCUGCUGCUGGCCCUGGGCCUGGCGGGUCUCCUUCCACAUCCAGAUCGGGCUCACCCGCGAGUUCGUGCUGCUGCCCGCCGCCGCGGACCUGGCCCACGUCAAGCAGCUGGCGUGCUCCAUCGUGGACCAGAAGUUCCCCGAGUGUGGCUUCUAUGGGCUCUAUGACAAGAUCCUGCUCUUCAAGCACGACCCCACCUCGGCCAACCUGCUGCAGCUGGUCCGCUCUGCGGGGGACAUCCAGGAGGGAGACCUGGUGGAGGUGGUGCUGUCCGCCUCUGCUACCUUUGAGGACUUCCAGAUCCGCCCCCACGCCCUCACGGUGCACUCCUACCGGGCGCCCGCUUUCUGCGACCACUGCGGGGAGAUGCUGUUCGGCCUGGUGCGCCAGGGACUCAAGUGUGAUGGCUGUGGGCUGAAUUACCACAAACGCUGUGCCUUCAGCAUCCCCAACAACUGUAGUGGGGCCCGGAAGCGCCGCCUCUCCUCCACCUCGCUGGCCAGCGGGCACUCUCUUCGGCUGGGCACCUCCGAGUCUCUGCCUUGCACGCCUGAUGAGCUGAGCCGCAGCUCAACCGAGGCGUUCUCCCGCCGCCUGCCCUCAUCUUCCUCCUCCUCCUCCUCCACAUCCUACAUGGGCCGCCCCAUUGAGCUGGACAAGCUGCUGCUCUCCAAGGUCAAGGUCCCCCACACCUUCCUCAUCCACAGUUACACCCGGCCCACCGUCUGCCAGGCCUGCAAGAAGCUCUUGAAGGGUCUCUUCCGACAAGGCCUCCAAUGCAAAGAUUGCAAAUUUAACUGUCACAAGCGCUGUGCCACCCGAGUCCCCAAUGACUGCCUGGGAGAGGCGCUGCUCAACGGUGAUGUGCCCAUGGAGGAGGCGAGCGACUUUGGGGACUCCGACAAGAGUUCCCUGAUGGACGAGUGCGAUGACGGGGGCGUCAUCCCCGGCUCCCACGCAGAGAACGCCCUGAGAGCCAGCGAGGAGGAGGAGGGAGAAGCCGGCAAGGCGCAGAGUUCCCUUGGCUACAUCCCCCUGAUGCGCGUUGUCCAGUCCGUGAGACACACCACCCGGAAGUCCAGCACGACCUUGCGGGAGGGCUGGGUUGUCCACUACAGCAACAAGGACACGCUGAGGAAGCGUCACUACUGGCGCCUGGACUGCAAGUGCCUGACCCUCUUCCAGAACAACACAACCAACCGAUACUACAAGGAGAUCCCCCUCUCUGAGAUCUUGGCUGUGGAGCCGGCCCAGAACUUCUCCCUGGUGCCCCCGGGCACCAACCCACACUGCUUUGAGAUUGUCACUGCAAACACCACCUACUUCGUUGGCGAGACGCCCGUCCUGGCUCCUGGCGGCCCCGGCGGCGGGCAGGGGGCCGAGACCGCACGGGGCUGGGAGACGGCCAUCCGCCAGGCCCUGAUGCCCGUCAUCCUGCAGGACGCUCCCAGCACUCCCGGCCACGCCCCCCACAGGCAGGCCUCCGUGAGCAUUUCUGUGUCCAACAGCCAGAUCCAGGAAAACGUGGACAUCGCCACCGUCUACCAGAUCUUCCCGGAUGAGGUGCUGGGCUCUGGGCAGUUUGGAGUAGUCUACGGAGGUAAAAUCCCACGGGCCCACAGGGAAGGAGACCUGCCAGCUGGCCCCCAGGAGCCCCUGUGCACGCGGCCCGGCUCAGGCGAUGUUUCCGGGCCUCUCCCGCCGCAGGUGAAGCUGUGUGACUUCGGAUUCGCGCGCAUCAUCGGGGAGAAGUCUUUCCGCCGCUCGGUGGUGGGCACGCCCGCGUACCUGGCGCCCGAGGUGCUGCUGAAUCAGGGCUACAACCGCUCCCUGGACAUGUGGUCCGUGGGGGUGAUCCUGUACGUCAGCCUCAGCGGGACCUUCCCCUUUAACGAGGACGAGGACAUCAACGACCAGAUCCAGAACGCGGCCUUCAUGUACCCAGCCAGCCCCUGGAGCCACAUCUCGGCCGGAGCCAUAGACCUGAUCAACAACCUGCUCCAGGUGAAGAUGCGGAAGCGCUACAGUGUGGACAAGUCCCUGAGCCACCCCUGGCUGCAGGACUACCAGACGUGGCUGGACCUGCGGGAGCUCGAGGGCAAGAUGGGGGAGCGGCACAUCACCCACGAGAGCGACGACGCCCGCUGGGAGCAGUUCGCCGCCGAGCACACGCUGCCUUACCCGGCGCACCUGCGCGGGACAGGAGGGGGCGCGGAGCCCGGGGGCGGGGGGAGGGUCGCGCAGGCCUUCCCGGACCACGAGAUGCAGGGCCUGGCCGAGCGGGUCAGCGUCCUCUGAGGCUGCUUGGCAACCGGAGCUCCCAGCGCCGCCGACGCCAGGAAGGCUGCCCCUUCUCUCAUGGACCCGCCUGCCCUACCCACCUGCAGCCCCCUUCCCUUACGGCUGGAGGGGCAGGAGGGCCGAGGGUGGGCCGAGGGAUGGCCAGGAACAGCUCGGGCUGCGCUUGCCCCGCCCCGCCUCCACGCCCCUCCCUUGCGCAAACUCCCCUGGAACAGUAAAGCCCUCCCCAUGGUC